CCGCCCUGCUCUCCACACUGGCACUGCUGAGCCUCCCGCCGCCACCUUCCUCCCAGUGCCACUCACCUCCACGUUUCGUCGAGGAAACGUUACUCACAGAGACUAGCGUUACUAACUGGCAGUGCUGUUACAUAUCGUAGCGUUACUCAGACAUGAUAACAUUACGAAACAAACAGUGACUCAAAAACACUCAGAAAAAGUGGUAACUAUAUCAUGUACUCUUAAAAGGGGUUUAAGUACAGCAACAUAACACAAUUUUGUACACUUGCUUGAAACUAUGAAAGUUUUUAUCUGGCGCGAGUUUAGUGACACGUCGCCAGGUAGAGGACACUAACGCCACGGCCUUGAAGCAAAUCAACAACAUGAAGUCGCUAAAACAAAGUACUUCUUCCCUCUGUGGUUAUUAUGAGACCUCCUGACGUUUCUGUCUUAUUGGUCUCCUGUAGGUAUUGACAGAACAAUGUAUGGCGCUUCCGUCUACACCUGUCCUUUAACGAGUUGUCGCCAGGUACUGUGAUCUUAUUAAUGGAUGGGUCAGGAUGGACUUCCUUCACCUGGAUAAUCACUCGUGUUGACUAAGCACAACUCACCUAAAGUAACUUGGAUUAUUUAUAUGGAAAUAAUAGUAAUUUUUUAAACUAGAUCUGGAGUUUAUUUAUGCAGAUUUACUCGCCUCUGAUUAACAGCAAGUGUACAGAACUAACAGAAGCUCUCUCUCUCUCUCUCUCUCUCUCUCUCUCUCUCUCCACAAGAAGAAAUCAAGAAUGACCAGUUAGGGGAAAACUGAUCAUUCUUGCUGGUGACUCAGAUAACUGUAAAUAACUGACUGUGGUAGACUGUAAACACUCCAGAACUUACAAGUGGUGUAGUGAGAGCUGACUGAGGUGAGCUGGUAGAUGUGAGAAAAGAAAGUAAAAAAAGCUACUAUUUUCACCAGCGUAUGUUACCAGCUGGACACACAUACACACGAUCAUCAUAGACACAAAAGAUUCUGAUGGAGUUUUUUAACCUCUAUUCCUCAUAAAAGAACCUAAACAAAAACUCAUUAUCGUUCUCAAGAAAAGACAAAAAGUUCCUCAGGAGACGAUGGAAGACACGGCCAUGUUAUCACCGACGCUGCUGUUUACCAAUCAGACGUUGGACUUGGACGUUGAGAGGAACACCACACACACCAACACCCUCCUCGACGACACCAUCCUAGACAACACCUCAUGGUCCUUCAACUACACCAAUACUUCAGGAGGACAAGACGUUGGCCUCAGUAGUAACGAAACGUACCUGCCCUACCGAGAACGCCCAGAGACCUACCUGGUACCUAUAGUCUUCGCCCUCAUCUUCAUCACGGGCGUGGUGGGCAACGGGGCCCUAAUCUUCAUGUUCCUCAAACACCCGAAACUCAGGAGUGCGCCCAAUACUCAUCUGGUGUCGCUGGCGGCGGGGGACCUCCUGAUGGUGCUGCUGACCGUGCCCUUCACCUCCAUCGUCUACACCGUAUCAUCCUACCCGUUUGGAGAGGCCGUGUGUCGAGCCUCCGAGUUCGCCAAAGACCUGAGUCUUGGCAUCACCGUGUUCACACUCACGGCUCUCAGCGCAGACCGCUACAUGGCUAUCGUGCGCCCCGUCACACACCACGUGUCGGACUCCACCGGGCACGUCGCCAUCGCUGUAGCCAUUGGAAUAUGGGUGGUGGCUGCUCUUCUGGCCACACCCGCGGCCAUCUUCUCCAACACACCAGAACUGGUCAACCCCAAGGGAGAAAAGUUCCAUAUCUGUACACCAUACCCGGAGUACUUAGGGGCAGUGUACAAACAAGUCCACGCCCUGGUGAAGGCGAUCAUGUAUUACCUUCUGCCUCUAGCUCUCAUCGCUUCAUUUUAUGUCCUAAUGGCGCGCCAUCUGUUCAUUUCAGCCCAGUUCCUGCCAGGUGAGGCGGCGGGCCAGCAGAGGCAGGCACAAGCUCGCCGGAAAGUGGCCAAGAUGGUGCUGGCUUUCGUCACCAUCUUCGCCAUCUGUUUCUUGCCUUUGAAUGUGUUUAAUCUGUGGUGGCACUUUGCACCAAACUCCCGGGAAACUUAUGAUAUUUACUGGCACACUUUUCGUAUAGUUGGGUUCUGUCUCUCGUUCAUCAACUCCUGCAUCAACCCCAUCGCUCUCUACUGCGUCAGCGGAACCUUUAGAAAGUACUACAAUAAACACGUGUUCUGCUGGUGCACUAGACACUCAGGCAGGAGAGACUGGGAAGGAGCCGAGUCCACAGGAACACGGAUAACCACGGCGGUGAGGACGGAACAAAUCCCUCUCAAGAUGGUGGGAACUGACAAUGGGACGCAGCAGCCUCCUGCACACAGACUGACGCUGACCAACACCACCGUCCUCACCACUAAGCCUCACCACAACCCCGCCUCCCUCGUGUGACGCUCCCAGUCAUCCUGAAGCUGCUGCAUUACUCCCUCCCUCCCAUCUGCACCUCCUGUAAUCAUUUUUCUCAGCUGUUCAUCACCGUGUCUUCACCACCCUCUCACCACCUCCUCACUUAUCUACACUACGAUGCUUUCCUCGUUCAUGAAUCACCAACUCUUAUGAUAGGCAGUCUCUCCCCUUCACGUCCUGUUGACAGUGGUAUUGAAGCUUCUCGCCAUCUGACAUUUCAACAGCACAAGGCAGCUUACCUCACAACCCCUCUCUAUGUUUGUACCUUGAUCCAGUGAGACGCUUUAAAGUGACGUCAUCUCACACACACUUAAUAUUCCACCAAUCAGAAGUUCUUGAUCAAACAGUAGUACACGUCACCCACCAGCUAGUGUACACAAGCACCACCACACGACACACAAACACUCAUACCAUAAUAAAACAAGACCCGACGUCACAGUGUAGUUUUUAAAAUCACACGCAAACACAAGCACACAAACACACAUCUAGGGAAAGACAAUUUUGCCCUACAAACAGCUUUUCUUUCUAUCUUCAAAUCUUGUUCUUAAAAAUUCCAUCGUUUUUUCUUGAGAUAAUUAGAAAAAAAACUUUUAGAUAUAGACGAUGUUUGAGUGUUUGUGUAGCACUUGAUGUAAGAUAAUAGAGUUUCAGUGUUGAUGUUUGUCCAUUUUCUUGGUCGUAAUUAUCUGUCUGACCUUAAAUUAGGUCGUAAGGUAUUGCUUAUUCUAUGUAUGAGCAGACAAAGGCGGUGAGAAAUAACCUAAAGUGUUUCUGUGCAAGAUAUAACACCCUCACACCGAAAACCAUCCAUCAGUAUUCUACAACACUUAGCACCGCCCACAAUACUCACAAGCUAUCCAGUGAUUGGCUGGGAAGUACUGAUGAGCGAGGCCAGGGGAGACGCUGAAGCCCUUGGCCCCGCCCACAUACUCCAGAAUCCAAUUACAAUCGACGGACUUGUGACCAAUCAGAUCUUGUCCUCUCAUGAUGGGUGGUGCCCGCUGUUUGGAAUAUUAAUGAAUGACUUGGUAACUGACAUACAACUUCUUUAACCCGGAAAUACUACUGUAGAUACCAACAUACUGUAGAGGUACUGUAUCUUAACUGUACAUACGACAAAAAUAUCACUAGAGAAUACAGCUUUUAAUGUUGCUAUCACUUCUCUGUGCAGUUGUCAAUACCAUCAAUAUUAUUUUUUCCUUAUAAUCGGGGGAUAGACGUAAGUUGAGACAAUAUAUGUGUGUUAAAAAAAUGUGUGUUAUUACUUGUGAAUUAAUAUUAUUUUGUAUCGCUACGUAAAGACUACAGGCCAUCUAGGAAGUAGGUUCACCAUUUACCCUCAACAAGACACCAAACAAUGACUUCAUAAGCCUUAUAACGAGACCAACAAGUCAUUUCUCUAACAGUAAACAUCUUAGUGAAAACAUCUAACGAAUAUCUUCAAACAUUAACCCAUUCAGUGGUAGAAAUCACUUAACGUUAACCAGGAUAAGACACCAAAAUCCGACACGACUCCUGAAUGGGUUAAUGAGAUGAAAGUAUCCCCCCCAAAAGUUCCCAAAGAAGUGAAAAAAAAAGUCCAAGAGAGAGAAAAAGAAGUCCAGUGCCCUAAUAAUCACCGGACUUUUUUUAGGGGGUGACUUUUUUAUCAUCAGUUUUAUUGACAGCCAUAACUUCAUAAUCCUCACUAUUGAAUCUAGGUCACACGCAUGUUAUAACCAGACCCAUUAUUAAUUCACAAAGGUCAUAGGUCAUUUGUUUGGUGUUUCAUGGGGGAUUAGUUUACCUCCACUCUUUUAGUCCCGUUUUCUACAGGAGAAACAACGAGAGAGGAGAAUCUGUCCAUUACUUCCCAAAUCCCAUAAUCCAAACCACAUUUUUCAUUAUUGUUCUAUUUAUCUAAUUGCUCUUAAUAGAAAAAAAAUAUUUACUGUAAUGUUUAAGUUUAUUUCUAAUUUAUUUGUCUAUUUAUUAAUUUCGUUUAUAAUCUGAUAAUCUCUUUGUUUACAACAUCAUUAUUUAAUCGGUUUCUUUUUACUGAAGAUUAACAAAUUCACAACAGGUAAACUCUCACUAAUUAGCUUUUACCUUGAUAACACCUGAUAUUAUUUACUUUACAUGACUUAUAAACAAAUUUUUUGAAGGCAGUAUACAGUAGGUGAUGAUGAUGGAAAAUUGUACGCUGGGGAACAAGGCUUCUCAUUGGAUGUGCCCUGUGAAAACAAGUUCGGUGAUUGGCUGAUUGUACGCUCAGGAAAGGAAGACACAAGAAAUUUGAUUGGUUGUUUGUGAGAUCCGGAAACGAUAUAAUGAUUGGAUAAUGAUUACUGGAUACUCUGUACGAUGAUACUGCGUGUUACCUUCACUCUCAGACCUAACCCCUUACCCUCACUCUCAGACCUAACCCCUUACCUUCACUCUCAGACCUAACCCCUUACCCUCACUCUAAGACCGAACCCCUUACCCUCACUCUCAGACCUAACCCCUUACCUUCACUCUCAGACCUAACCCCUUACCCUCACUCUCAGACCUAACCCCUUACCUUCACUCUCAGACCUAACCCCUAC